AUGAGCUCGCCCUCGUCCGGCGACGCCCUGCCUGAGCACGCCUACUACUGCUUCGAUGUCGUCCAGGCCGCUCUCGAUGGCACUGCCCAACCCGCACCGCAAUUCGACCGCGACGAGGCCUUCCCGCUCUUCGUCACGUGGAACGUGCGCUCUCGCUCUGGCGGUGAGCCCAGGUUGCGCGGCUGCAUCGGCAACUUUGGCGCCCUGCGCCUCGGCGACGGACUCGCCGAGUACGCUCACACGAGCGCGUUCGAGGACAGCCGUUUCGACCCGAUCACGGCCAAGGACCUCCCUCGACUCGAAUGCGGCGUUUCGCUCCUCACCGACUUUGAAGUGUGCGACGACUACCUCGACUGGGAGCUCGGCACGCACGGCAUCUACGUCGAGUUUGUCAACCCGGCCCUCAACCUCCCACCUUCCUCGUCGUCUUCGCCCGCCUCGACCGCCACCACCCCUUCGACCGGCAGCGGCACCGCGACGCCUGCGCCCAAGCCGACCUACCGCUCGCUGUCGGCCCUCCCCAAGCUCGACGUCGCCGUCUCGCGCGCGCAGAACCCGCGCAACCUGCGCCCGGUCCUCCACGCCACGUUCCUCCCCGAGGUGGCGCCCGCGCAAGGGUGGACCAAGGUCGACGCGGUCGACGCGGCGAUGCGCAAGGGCGGGUUCAAGGGCGUCGUGACGGACGAGAUGCGGCGCGGCGCGAGGGUGAGCCGGUAUCAGAGCCGCAAGGUCAAGGUGACGUGGGACGAGUGGCAGCGGUGGCGGUCGUCGUCGUCGUCGCAGUGACCGUCUUGAGGGUCGUCGUCUAGCUCGCCCCGUCUGUGCUGUAUCUGUAGAGCCUCGUUUCGUCGCCA